CUGAGUUGCCGGGGCGACCUGCCUCCCCGAAUGACUGUGCCGGCGGAAUGCGGCCAGACCGGGGUUAUAUAACCAGGGGAGGCGGGAGGGGGGGAGCCGGGUUCGGCCGCGCCGGGCUGCUGUUUGCUUACAGCGGGUCCGGGAGAGCCCGUCACUCGGGGACCGUUUCUCAUAUUUAUUCGCUCGCAUCACUUCUCCAUCCCAUCCGCUGGUGCAGAGCCGGCCUCGGCCACCAGUUAGCGGCCUGUGUGCGGUUACACUUACACAACACAGGGAAAUUAAAAAUAAAUAAGUGCUAGUAUGACACUGUACUGACGCAGUGCUGGGCUUAACUCUUAAUUAUGUUUUUGUUUUCUAGAGCUUCAGGCAUACGAGAUGAUUAAGGGUGUUUUUGUUGUAUUAUGUAAUUGAUGCAUUAGACUCAAAUCGAGGUGAUCCCGUGUAAGAUCUGCGGGGACAAGUCGUCGGGGAUCCACUAUGGUGUGAUAACCUGUGAGGGCUGCAAGGGGUUCUUCAGGCGCAGCCAGCAGAACAACGCCAUGUACUCCUGCUCGCGGCAGAGGAACUGCCUGAUCGACCGCACCAACCGCAACCGCUGCCAGCACUGCCGGCUGCAGAAGUGCCUGGCGCUGGGCAUGUCCCGCGAUGCCGUGAAGUUCGGCCGCAUGUCGAAGAAGCAGCGGGACAGUCUGUACGCGGAGGUGCAGAAGCACCAGCAGACGCAGGCGCGGGCGGGGGGCGCGCGGCGGGAGGACGAGGAGGGGGAGGCGGACACCCCGGUGCGGGCCUACAGCAGCGGCUCCAGCGCGGCCCUCAGCGACCUGGACGAUCUCGCCACGCUGCCCGACGGCCUGCUGUUCGACCUGCCCCUGACCCCCGAGGGAGCUGGGGGCUACUGUGGGCUGGACCUGCUCGGGUCGGCGCAGUCCUCUCCCGAGCCCAGCGGGCUGGAGGCUCCCGACGGCAGCCACGUCCGACACGAGUACCAGCUGCUGCACGAGCCCGGCCUGUACACGGUGCACGCGCUGCUGAAGCCACUGGCCGAGGACUGCAGCCUGCUGGAGAUCGAGCGCACGGCGCAAAAUGUGGUGAAGUCUCACCUGGAGACGUGUCAGUACAGCGGGGAGGAGCUGAAGAGACUCACCUGGACCCUGUACACACCUGAGGAGACCCGUGCCUUCCAGAGCAAGUCUGCUGAGGCCAUGUGGCAGCAGUGCGCACACCACAUCACCAACGCCAUCCAGUACGUGGUCGAGUUUGCCAAGCGCAUCACAGGCUUCAUGGACCUGUGCCAGAACGACCAGAUCAUCCUUCUCAAAGCAGGCUGCCUGGAGGUGCUGCUCAUCCGCAUGUGUCGCGCCUACAACCCCCUGAACAACACCCUGCUGUUCGAUGGCAAGUUCGCCGGCACGCAGCUCUUCAAAGCCCUAGGCUGCGACGACCUGGUCAGUGCAGUGUACGAACUGGGGAAGGCCCUGUGUCGUCUGCAGCUGUCCGAGGAGGAGAUUGCUCUCUUCAGUGCUGCUGUCCUGCUGUCUCCAGACCGGCCGUGGCUGACCGACUCUCAGAAGGUGCAGAAGCUGCAGGAGCGAGUGUAUCUGGCCUUGCAGCACACUCUCCACCGGGGCGGCGCCAGCGAGGAGAAACUGGCAAAGAUGGUGUCCAAGCUCCCAGUCAUGAAGUCCAUCUGCAAUCUCCACAUUGACAAGCUGGAGUUUUUUCGCCUGGUCCACCCGGAGACAGCCUACAGCUUCCCACCACUGUACCGCGAGGUCUUUGGGAGUGAGAUGAUCUUCCCUGACUCCAGCGAGAGCUAAACGCGCAUGGGAGGGAGGGAGGCUGGGACACAGCCCUACACAAGGAAAAUUGAGAACAUAAUCAGCCAGGAACUUAAUGACAGUCCAACACACACCCCUGACCUCCAUUUGAUCUCUCCAAAUGCACCUUCGUCUCGAGCUCUUUUAGGGCAGGGCCCCAUCGCCCGAGUCGACGUGGGGGUCCUUUCUCUACCAGCAUGCAGCUUAGUCAAACAUGAAUGUAGCCGUCCCCAGGAAAACCGCACAGACGUGACAACGCAUAAGAUUGUGACAUGACAAGGCACACACCACAGCACAGACACUACAGUGCAGAAACAACCUUAUAGACACUACUGUGCACAGACACUACAGUGCAGAAACAACCUUAUAGACACUACUGUUCACACACUACAGUACAGACACUACAGAGCACUCACUACAGUGCAGAAACUUCAGUACACACACUACAGCUCAGACACUGCAGUGCACAUACUACAGCACACUGCAGAUUCCUCUAUCGAAAACAGAAUGUACAUACAGCACUACUGUCCAAAACAGCUCCAGAAUUCCUCUUUCUCUUCCUUUAACGUCUGCUUCCAGUGUCUUAUUCCUGUUAUUCCUCUUCUCAUUUUUAUUACUGCCCAUAAACCCUCGCACUUUUUUUUAAAAAAAGUAUUUUUCUGGAAAAAGCAGUU